CGCAUACUUCAUGAUCGAGCGACGUGACCACACGCAGUUAACCGCAAGGCAGUGGAAUGGCAUGAUUAAAUAACAACAGUCAUAAUUCCCCGAACCGAGAUUCGAGUCACAGACGGAGUCAGAUCUGCGUUGAACACACUAUUUUCCAAUUAUCUUCAAUUCUCUAAUUUUGCCCCUCUCCCAUUCAACGUGAAUACCCUCAUAAAUGGUGUCGAGUGAGGAGAACCUGCUUAACUGAACUCACAAGUUCCCUGGCCGUCCGACUGCGCCCUGAGGGAGUUGCUUUGCACCACGAAAGCGCCCGGUGUUGCGGUUCUCCUCCUCUCCCCUUCAACACUAAAAACCAAGAAGGAGAUUUCACUCAAGUCGUGCUGUUGUUUUAUGGAUAUCACCGCUGAGAUGAUCCCAAGGUGAGGCCAGAAAGCUGACCAGCAUCCUUGUCUGUCUGUGCAUCCUCAAGAGCUCACCUCCACAUCUGAUUGGACAAUUGGAGCCCCUGAGGAAAACAAAAUGUCUGCCGCUAUGAGCGCCCCCCUCCUGGCCCUCCUCCUCCUCCUGCUGCCCUUGGUGUCUAGUCUCCACCACUCUGACUGUGUCAUCAAGAGAGAACACGAGAAAUGUAUGGAGAGGAUGGCAGAGGAUGACCCAGAAAACGACCUAGAGUUUAGGUGCCCAUGGUUGUGGGAUAACCUGACGUGUUGGCAGCCUGCCCGGGUGGGAGAGGUGGUUGUGGUCAGCUGUCCAGAGCUCUUCAUCCAGUUCAUGAGCGAGGAGGAUGAUGAGCUAGGGAAGUUGAGUCGUAACUGUACAGAGGGCGGCUGGUCUGAGACCUUCCCUCACUAUGUGGAUGCCUGCAUGUUCGACGAACCCAACGGAACCCACGAGCAUCCGGACAUGUACUACGUGUCGGUGAAGGCUCUGUACACGGUGGGGUACAGCACCUCUCUGGUUUCUCUCUGUACAGCCAUGGUCAUCCUUUGCAGGUUCAGGAAGCUGCAUUGCACCAGGAACUUCAUCCACAUGAACCUGUUUGUGUCAUUCAUUCUGAGAGCCAUCUCUGUCUUCAUCAAGGAUGGGGUUCUGUACGCAGAGGAGGACAGCAACCACUGCUUCUUACACACUGUGGAGUGUAAGGUGGUGAUGGUGUUCUUUCACUACUGUGUCCUAUCUAACUACUUCUGGCUGUUCAUUGAAGGCCUGUACCUCUUCACUCUGUUAGUAGAGACAUUCUUCCCUGAGAGAAGAUACUUCUACUGGUAUACCAUCAUUGGCUGGGGGACCCCCACUAUAUGUGUGGUGAUAUGGGCAGUACUCAGGCUGCACUUUGAUGACAUAGGGUGUUGGGAUAUGAAUGAUAAUGCUGGUAUCUGGUGGGUGAUUAAGGGACCUGUGCUGGCCUCUAUCAUGAUCAACUUUGUCCUCUUCAUCGGCAUCAUAAUCAUCCUUGUCCAGAAACUGCAGUCACCAGACAUCGGUGGGAACGAAUCCAGUAUUUACCUGCGUCUGGCGCGUUCCACCCUGCUCUUGAUCCCUCUGUUUGGGAUCCACUACACUGUGUUCGCCUUCUCACCCGAAGACGUCAGCAAGAGGGAGAGGCUGGUGUUUGAGUUAGGCCUAGGCUCCUUCCAGGGCUUCGUUGUGGCUGUUCUCUACUGCUUUCUGAAUGGAGAGUAUCUCCCUGAAGGUGCAGUCGGAGAUCAAGAGGAAAUGGCGCAGCUGGACGGUGAACAGGUACUUUGCUGUGGACCUGAAGCACCGGCACCCUUCGUUGGCCAGCAGUGGGGUGAACGGGGGAACGCAGCUCUCCAUCCUCAGCAAGAGCAGCUCUCAGAUCCGCAUGUCCAGCCUACAGGCCGAGUCGCCAGCCACCUAAGCCACCUGAACUUCAACGGUGAAGCCCAGGACCAGAGCCAGGGAGAGACCACCACCACUACUACUACUACUACUACUACUACUACUACUACUUCUAUCACCCCUACACCAAGACCCAUCAGCCACUUCCACACUGGUCCUGAUACUAUGACCAACCUCACCCCUACACCCAACCUCACCCCUAUACCCACACCCAACCAUGGACCACUACCAGUGACCAGCCUCACCAACCCAUACCCUUUCCCCAACCCAUAUCCAGACACCACCAACCCAUACCCAGAGACAACCAACCCGUACCCUGACACAACCCUGAUCCUGGACUCUGGAGAACGCAUCCCGGACCCUCCUAACUGCACUGCACCCAAAAGCCCAACUGAGCCCUUCAUUUAACGAACUGGAUCAACAACUCAACCCUAAUAAAGCCAUGCCGAAUCAAUCACACCUAAACAAGUCCAAUCCCUAACCCUAUCCAAACUAACCAACCCAAUACAAUCCAAACUAACCCAAUCCCUAGCCCUAUUCAAACUAACCUACCCAAUACAAUCCAAACUAACCCAACCCCAAGCCCUAUUCAAACUAACCUACCCAAUACAAUCCAAACUAACCCAACCCCUAGCCCUAUCCAAACUAACCUACCCAAUACAAUCCAAACUAACCCAUCCCCAAGCCCUAUUCAAACUAACCUACCCAAUACAAUCCAAACUAACCCAACCCCUAGCCCUAUCCAAACUAACCUACCCAAUACAAUCCAAACUAACCCAACCCCUAGCCCUAUCCAAACUAGCCCAACCUCUAGCCCAAUAAAAAAACAACCAAAUACAAUUCAAACGAACCCAACCCUAAACCCUAUUCAAACUAACCUACCCAAUACAAUCCAAACUAACCCAACCCCUAACCCUAUUCAAACUAACCCAACCCCUAGCCCUAUUCAAACUAACCUACCCAAUACAAUCCAAACUAACCCAACCCCUAGCCCUAUUCAAACUAACCUACCCAAUACAAUCCAAACUAACCCAACCCCUAACCCUAUUCAAACUAACCCAACCCCUAGCCCUAUUCAAACUAACCUACCCAAUACAAUCCAAACUAACCCAACCCCAAGCCCUAUUCAAACUAACCUACCCAAUACAAUCCAAACUAACCCAACCCCUAACCCUAUUCAAACUAACCCAACCCCUAGCCCUAUUCAAACUAACCUACCCAAUACAAUCCAAACUAACCCAACCCCAAGCCCUAUUCAAACUAACCUACCCAAUACAAUCCAAACUAACCCAACCCCUAACCCCAACCAAACUAACCAACCCAAUACAAUCCAAACUAACCCAACCCCAAGCCCUAUUCAAACGAACCUACCCAAUACAAACCAAACUAACCCAACCCCUAACCCCAACCAAACUAACCAACCCAAUACAAUACAAUCUAACCCAACCCCUAGUCCUAUUCAAACUAAUCAACCCAAUACAAUCCAAACUUAACAAACCCCUAGCCCUAUCCAAACUAACCCAACCACUAGCCCUAUCUAAAUCAACCAACCCAAUACAAAUCCAAACUAACCCAAGCCCUAACCAAACUAAUCCAAUACAAUUCAAACUAACCCAUCCCGAGCCCUAUCCAAACUAACCCAACCCCUAGCCCUUUCCAAACUAACCCAACCCCUAGCCCCAUCCAAACCAACCCAACCCCUAGCCCUAUCCAAAGUAACCUACCCAAAGCCAUAUUUAAAACUAACCUACCCAAUACAAUCCAAACUAACCCAACCCCUAGCCCUAUCUAAACUAACCAACCCAAUACAAUCCAAACUAACCCAACCCCUAGCCCUAUCUAAACUAACCUACCCAAUACAAUCCAAACUAACCCAACCCCUAGCCCUAUCCAAACUAACCCAACCCCUAGCCCAAUCCAAACUAACCCAACCCCUAACCAUAUUCAAACGAACCCAACCCCUAGCCCUAUCCCAACCCCUAGCCCAAUCCAAACUAACCCAAACCCUAACCCUAUUCAAACUAACCCAACCCCUAGCCCAAUCCAAACUAACCCAACCACUAGCCCUAUACAAACUAACCCAACCCAAUACAAUCCAAACUAACCCAACCCCUAGCCCAAUCCAAACCAACCUACCCAAUACAAUCCAAACUAACCCAACCCCUAGCCCCAUCCAAACCAACCUACCCAAUACAAUCCAAACUAACCCAACCCCUAGCCCUAUUCAAACUAAGCAACCCGAUACACUCCAAACUAACCCAACCCCUAGCCCUAUCCAAACUAACCCAGCCCCUAGCCCUAUCCAAACUAACCCAGCCCCUAGCCCUAUUCAAACUACCCCAACCCAAUACAAUCCAAACUAACCCAACCCCUAGCCCUAUCCAAACUAACCCAACCCCUAACCAUAUUCAAACGAACCCAACCCCUAGCCCUAUCCAAACUAACCCAACCCCUAGCCCAAUCCAAACUAACCCAAACCCUAACCCUAUUCAAACUAACCCAACCCCUAGCCCAAUCCAAACUAACCCAACCACUAGCCCUAUACAAACUAACCCAACCCAAUACAAUCCAAACUAACCCAACCCCUAGCCCUAUUCAAACUAAGCAACCCGAUACACUCCAAACUAACCCAACCCCUAGCCCUAUCCAAACUAACCCAGCCCCUAGCCCUAUUCAAACUACCCCAACCCAAUACAAUCCAAACUAACCCAACCCCUAGCCCUAUCCAAACUAACCCAAACCCUAGCCCUAUCCAAACUAACCCAGCCCCUAGCCCUAUCCAAACUAACCCAGCCCCUAGCCCUAUUCAAACUACCCCAACCCAAUACAAUCCAAACUAACCCAACACCUAGUCCUUAGCAAUCCAACUCAUCCAUACCUAAACUAACCUGACUCCUAUUUCUAUCCAAACCAGCCUAUCACUAUGUAAACUAACCCAACCAACCCUGACUUAACCUACCCCAACAUUAAAACCCAACUCUACCAGACAGGAACAGAACACAUAGCACCUCACCAGCAGCACCUGUUCACGAGCAGUUGUAGGUGAAUCCACCUUUAAACUGUUACAACUACAGUGUCUCCAUCAUGGAGCAAACCACCGUCAGUGGUAGUGGCCUAGCAGUGAAUGUCAAUCACCAUUCAGAAACCAUCAGACAAGGAUAUUUACAAGGAAGGCAGAAGGCUAUGAAGGAAAAGCAUGGUUAAUGGUCUGUACAUAUCAUCAUGUUGUUAUGUCAAAAAGCCUCCCCCCGUUAGGUUUAUCACGUAGAGCAGAAGAGCUGGACCAAUUCAGUGCUGCUGGAACAUCCAUGUAAUACCACUGGUCAUUGCAAUCAUAUCAUCAUGUCCGAAGAAUGACAAUACGUAUUUAACGACUCCUCCUCCUCUCUUUCCUCAGUCUGUCUUUCAGCUUGUUGCAGACUCAAGUUAAGACUGUGUUUUGUUGUUCUGGGUAUUGUUGUUGUUAUGGCAACUUAAUUACGGAGCAGUAACAAAACCAUAAAGCCUCUAUCAGAGUCCAAAAUGUGCAUGUGUACGCACAGCAGUGUUCUAGAAUAUUGGACCGUUGGCUUUCAUACUUUUUGAAUUCUCAGCAGAGAACGUUGGUUGGGAAUUUUGGUACGGUGCGCGUUCGGGCUGUGCAUCCCCUGCGAAUUGUGGUCUCAGAACCAUGUAGCUACAGUAUGUCACAACGAGAUGCCGGACUAUCACGUCACUAAGUCUGUGGCCGGACUGUUUGACUCUGAAUUAAGCUUUACACGUCCUGUACAGGAGAAGCAACAAACCGGCCAAUCGAGACAGACUGACCUAAUGUAAAUAUUUAUCAGCUGACCAAUCAGGUUGCAAGUGUGUGCCUGUUUGUAGAGGGCAUAGAUUUAGAUAGACAUUGCAUCUUUGUAUCUGUCCCACUAUGGCAUCUGUGAGAGAAAAGGCAACACCAUUGAGACCAUGUCCAGUUUGAAGUAGUCACUUUAUUAAUGUACUACUUCUAUGAGUUGGCAAGCAAACUAAAAAGGUGCAUACUGUGGUCUAGACUAUUAUUUGAACAGGUAUAAAUGUUGCCUAUUUACUGCCACCUGCAGUUCUGGAAUGUUUGCUCACAAGAAUAAUUAAUUGGCUGAUCCCUCCUGAUGAUCCCUACUUAACCCAUAGGAAGUUCCACCCAGUUGACUACUUAAAAAUGGUGAAUGUCCUCAAUGGCACUGCCCAUGCUAAAAAAGACUUUUGGGCACUAGUGUUGUCUAUCUAAGUCUAUGGUAGAGGGAGAAUGAUCAUGUGAGAUUACUGUAAAAUAAUGAACAGUGAAAGGACACAAAAUGGAGGCUAACACACUGCAUCAUGGGAUACUAUUCAGGCCUGGAGACUCAAGCCAAGAUCAAGGCAAAAUAAAUAAUUAAUGGACCAACAGUAGAAACAAUGUAUCUUAAAAUAUGAAGAUAAUAGUCAACCACCACCAGAAGUAGAGCAUCAUAGUGCUUUGUAUGACCGUAUAUGACGUCAACAGCUAUGUGUCAGCCAAUGGCACAGGUCACCUUUACCUGUGUAAGCUGUGAUUGGUGGAGUGACAGGAAGAUGAUGAUGUCACUUCCUCCUUGCUAUAUGUACCACUGUUACUAGAGAUAGAGGAAUUCUUCCGACUGGGCACACACUGAAUCAAUGUUGUUUCCAUGUAAUUUCAAUGAAAUUAUGUUGAACCAAAGUGGAAUAGACGUUGAAUUGACGUCUGUGCCCAGUGGGAUUCUUCUGAGGAAGACAGAUGACAUGGGUAAAACCAGUAUUUAUGUGAAAGGUAUAUUUUCUACAGUUCAAUUAUGAGGAAUGAAAUGCCAAAAAUAAAACCUGCGUUAAGGUAAGAUGGUCAUCUAUUUUAGAAGGAUGAACAAUGCUAAGGUUUGCCAACUACGACCAUUACACACCAAACCUCUUUAAAUCUUAGCAUUGCUUAUGAUGACAAGAUGCCUUGGUUCAUUUCGGGAGAGGAUUGAUAGUGCCACUAGUUUUAAACAGCCGGUAGUACAGAAAAUGUCAAUGACAACUUACUCAUGAAUGGGUAUCGUGAGUUCAAUGUAUAACUGUGUUACAAUGUCUGCAUGAAUUGUAUUUUUCUUUCUUCUUUUGAAUCUGUUUACAAUUGUUUUGUGAGAUUAUUACUGUACCUGACGCUGAAAAGGCAAUGCAGUCCAAUCUAGAUUUUACUUAGUUUCUUCAGCAGUCUCUCAGCUAGCUUCAAUUUGUAUAUUUAACUAUAUAGAUAACUUAGACCGACAGAAAGUAUUUUACCACAUUGAGUUUUGAUAAACAGCUUCCUGAAUUGUGUUUUUUUUAAGUAUUAUUUUGGGGUAUUUCUCUCAUUCCAAAGAUGAACACUAGACUCCACACUGAGUUUCACGGCCGUAUACAUUUGCAAAGGCUGAGUAAAAGCUUUGCAACUGAUGUCACUACAGAUUUGAUCCUUUGGUCUGAUUUAACUAUUAUUAUUCUAUAUUCUAAUCCCAUGUUAAUCCUAAUCCCAUGUUAAUCUCUCCUAGUAUACUUUAGUCUCCAAAGUGCCUUUAUGCACAAAACGGCAAGUAUUUCUGUUAAUCUGAGAGAUUUUUUUAGACAUUAUUUUUUAAACGAAACUGCAAAGUAUGUAAAAACAUGUGGUCAACAAAAGUGCUUUUAUGAUGUUACACUGAAUCAGUAUUUUAUUAACCUGGAGGCCUUUGAAGUACCUAGAGCUCAUUUCUGGUUUAAGAUGGGCAUAACCUAUGAACUUUAACCUACGACCUAUAACCUACGACCGAUGACCUUUUGAAAUAAGCCACUUUUAUUUUGAGUAAAUAUCUACUAUGGUCUAUAUCAUAUACACAAUAAUAGGUAUGAUUGAUUGACUCUGUUCUAUUUUGCAGCAUUCAGUCCUUUACACUCAUAAUAUUUUUUGUAUAUCAAAAUAAUGGGACCCUGGUUGAUUUAAUUAAGUUACUGUGCACCGUUUGUGACUGCAGGCAAAUGUGGUGCUUUUAAACGGGAGAGAAAGACAAAAAAAUGUAUACAUAUAUAUAUUCUUAAUUUGGUUUGGUCACGUACAGUAUGAAUAAUUGCCUUUAUUCUCAAACUGAAAUGGAAAAAAAACUAUGUUUUGUCAUAUUAUUUUAUUUAUAUACUAUAAACUAUAGAUAAUGAUGCAUAUCUGUAAACAGUGUGUUAGCGUGUCAAACGUUUGAUGAACAGUUGAUGACUCCACAACUCCCCAGCCCACCUGAAAAAGCACAGCUCUUUAACAGUACUAUCUGAUCAGAAACACAAAACUUCCUGUUAGGAAUAGUUUCCCAUUGUUCAUUAAAGAAGCAUAUAGAGGCUGGUUCAGAUGAAGAAGAAUGACAAGGAGGGCAGACAGAAAGCAGUAAUGUGCUGUGUUUUUCUUCAGUCUGGACCUGUCUUUAGCAGUCCUAUGCUUUACACUGGCCUUUAAUAUGGGUCCAUCCAUGCGUGUGCGAAUACAGAUGGCCCAAAGGUGUCCCUGUUUCACUGUGAAACAGGUUGGACAAGCAGAAAGAGAUGAUCUGCUUUUGGUUCCCACACCAAGUUGAAUGUUUAGCAGGAGUUUCUUAUUAAAACCAUAAUGACAGUCUCAGCAUGUCAUGAGCCAAUUUUAAGAGUAUGAAUAUACAUUUUCAAGAGUAUUUAUGUUAUGAAAUAUUAAACAAUACACAGCCUUAUAUCGCCGGUCAAUGUGAUGUCAAUUAGAGAUGUAAUCAUUCUGAGAAUACAGUAUAUUGUUUAUUAAAUCUGUUGUUAUAAUGAACAAUGAAGUAGUUAUCUACAUACAUGUACAGUAGUUUAGAUGUGUCCCAAAAUGCACCCUUUUCUCUCAUCCUUUUAUAGUGUACUACUUUUGACCAGGGCCCAUAGGGAAAAAGUUAUGCACUAAAUAGGGAAUUGGGUAGCAUUUGGGAUGGAGACUGUGGUUUACAAAUAUGUGUAGUCUACCAUUGUGGCUUAUAAAUGGUCAACUGAAUUCUGCCGUGUCAUUGUGUAAGACAGUAUCUCGUAGAUGGAGUCGUCCGUGGUGCAAAGUGAAUAUUAGCCGUCAUUAGAAUUUUGCUCCGUGGUUGUUAUCAUUUUAGUAUUAUUUUGGUGAUAGUGAUUGUUCAAAUAUGAAGCAUAUUGUAUUGCUGCCUAUAAUCUCUUGUAGACUGAUGCAUGCAUCUCUUGAUGGUUUGAUCCUUUUCACCAAGCUGUGUUGAUUAUUCUGCAGAUGAAAUCUUACUGGGAGAUGAUGGAACCUUUUAUAGAUAUGUUCUUAAACAGUUCAUAGAAUCCUGAGUGAAUUCUAAGUGUGACAUUCGUUUUACUGCAUUCUGAUCAUGGAGUCAGCAAUUUCAAGGAAAAAGCAGCUCCAAGGAAGAAAAAUACAAUGGUGUUCAAUAGUAAAUCAUUAUUUUAAACUAUUUAACCAGAAAGGGGCAUAGGGUUAGAAAGCCAUCCACUAAACUGUGAAUAAUAUUUUUCUGUUGCUGGUCAAUUGUCAUUAAGAAGGGGCAUUUUAAAACAUUUAUGAUCGGGCCUAGUCAGAACCACCCUGUUCAUUCAAUUUCAUUUUAAUGUUAAUACGUUUUAGAGUCCUUUGACAUGAGGGUAAUUGCCAUACUACAUUUCUAAAUAAAUAGCCAAUAACUUUUAUAGUUUCCAACCAUCACAAGAUGACAUUUAGAAAGCAGGCUCUGUUUUGGAUGGAAAAGAGACAACAGGGCUGUGUUCAACAGGGCACCAUGUUGUGGAACAUCAUGUAGAACAAACAUGUCACUCUGAAAUGUUAAGUAAUGUAAGGACUCACGUCAGCUCUAUUCAUGACAUUUCUAUCUGCAACGUUCCACAUUUGCCUACCUAACAUAGCCCAGGACAAAGGUACUGUACAGUGAUGGCUGAAUGUAAUGUAACUGUUGUAUCUGUGGUCUGAAGGGUUGGGCUCAAUUACAUUUCAAUUCAGUCAAUGCCAGAAGUAAACAAAACAUUUUCUCAAUGCUUUUUAAUGAAAAACAAAUGUAAUUAAGAAUUUCAGUUUGAAUUGAAAUGUAAUUUGCCAUAAUUCUGGUGAGCUGACCGCUGACAGCUUCAGGCUGUUUUUAAACUCAUGUUUUCAUUUCAUCUUCUGUUUCACCGCUGCGCUGUAUAAAUGUCUUCUUGUUUUGAUGUAUAUAUUAAAACAGGGGCAGGAAACCCUGUUCUUGGUGAGCCGCAGGUACAGCAGGAUUUUGAUCCAUCUAGGCACCACGCUGGACCAACUGAGCUAAUUGAUCAGUUCAGUAAUUGCCUAAAUUCAACAUACCUGGUCUUCCAGGUUGGUUAAAUCAAAAACAUGAAGUGCCUGGGGCCCUCCAGGACCAGGGUUACCUACCCCUGUAAUAAAGAGGUUUUGUACAUUAUUAUUGUAUUAUUGACUUUAAGUCACAAUAAAUGUUUUGGACUUGUUGACUCAUUGA